AUGCUUCAGAAAGUAUCGUCUUUCCUAAACCGGUCCUCCGUGUCCUUCCAGGUCCUCUCUGAUCUCCACCUUGAGGUUAACCGACAGUAUCCAUCUUACGAAAUUCCAGUGUGCGCAGAAUAUCUUAUCCUUGCGGGUGAUAUUGGGCGCUUAACGGACUAUGAUGACUAUCGCAACUUCCUACAAAAGCAGACAGACCGAUUCAAAUUGGUAUUUCUCGUACCCGGCAAUCAUGAGUUCUACAAUGGGACUUUCGCAGCAGGGCUAGAAAAGGCCAGACAACUUGAACGGGAACCUUCCUUAAAUGGAAGAUUAGUACUCCUUCAUCAGAAACGAUUUGAUGUCCCGGGAUCUUCUGUCACUAUUCUAGGCUGCACGCUUUGGUCAAAAGUGCCUCAUGAAUCUACGGAUAUCGUCCGGUUAAAGAUCAAUGAUUUCCAGAAAAUCGAAGGCUGGUCAGUUGAUGACCAUAAUGCAAAUCAUGACUCAGAUCUCGCUUGGUUACUGGAAGAGAUACAUUCGAUUCAUGAAGAAAACGGAAACACGGAAAAGCGAACUAAAAAACAAUCUAUUCUUGUUGUGACACACCACGCUCCUUUACUCCAGAGGACGUCAAGCCCGCAACACGCCAACAACCCUUGGAGUGUUGCCUUUGGGACCGAUAUUCUACCACAAACACCAGAUGGAGUGAAAGCCUGGGUGUUCGGCCACACGCAUUAUACCACUGAUUUCAAGGAGGGAGGUGUAAGGAUUGUGAGCAACCAACGGGGAUAUGUGCUGCCUUGGAGCACUUCGAAGACGCAGGAUAAAUUUGACGUGAGGAAGGUUAUACAUGUACCAUGA